AAAAGAUGCCCGGGCGCUGAUCAAUGAUUUUGUGUAGGCAUGCGAGUUUUUGGGGUUUCCUUAAGAAGAAUGGUACUCUUGGAUGAAGCUACUUCGAGUGAAGAAGUGAUAUGAGGUUUUGAAUAUGAGCAAUGGGGGUGUGGAGAGUGUAAGAGAACAUGAACAACUGCAGGCAAAAAGAAAGUUUAAUGAAAAUGAAUUCCCCCAGGCACUUGCAAGAAUUGCUGUAGCCCAAAUAUGUGAGAGUGCAGGGUUUCAGACUUUCCAACAAUCUGCUCUUGAGACAUUAUCUGACUUAGCAGUGCGGUACAUUCAAAACAUAGGGAAAAAUGCCCAUUUCUAUGCUAAUCUAGCAGGUAGAACAAGUGGUAACAUUUUUGACAUCAUCCAAGGGUUGGAGGACUUGGAUUCUGGACAGGGGUUUGCUGGUGCUUCUGAUGUCAAUCAAUGUCUUACCAAUUCAGGUGUGGUUAGGGACAUCAUUCAUUAUGUUGGUGAUGCAGAGGAUAUUCCGUUUGCUUAUUCUCUUCACCAUUUCCCAGUUGUAAGAGACUUAAAACGAGCUUCUAGCUUUAUGCAGAUUGGAAAGGAGCCUCCUGAUGGCCACAUUCCUGCUUGGCUGCCUGCUUUUCCUGAACCUUGGACAGACGUUCAGUCAGAAAAGGGAAAGGAGAAACUGGUUGAUUUUCAGACAGGUAAGAUUGAAAAGCCUACACAGCAUAGAAAAACAGAAAGGUCUUUGUUGAAUUUGCAGCAUUUUUCUUUGGGUAGGUUGGAAGGACCUUCCUUGGGAGACAGUAAAGUUUAUGCCAAGGAAAAACAGUUAGCAGAUGGUAAUCCAUUUCUUUUGGCACCUCUUCGCUUUGGGGAGAAGGAGGUGUCUUCUGUUACCCCUCCUACUAAGCUUUCCAAUGAACCAACAAUGAAGAAUUAUCUUGCUGAAAAUCAUGUUAUCACUAACCAUGUUCCGGUGUUGGAGACGUUUGCUCCAGCUAUUGAAGCAAUGAAGAACAGGUUAUGUGAUUCUGGGAAACAGCAAAAGGAGCUUUCAAUCCGGAGGCCUCUAGUGCAAUUCAAGAUUGGAAUCCCAAAUAAGUCCUUACGUACAUCACUAGAUUUUAGUUCAGAGAAUAAGGGCCUCCAGAAGAUUGCUUCUUGGUCCGGUAAGGAUGAUGAUAAGAAUGACAAGAAAAGGAGGGCUGAGAAAAUUCUGAAGGAAUCUAUGGAGAAAAUGCAAGAAUUGGCUCAGUUGUAAAGUAGUUUUGAUUAGGUUCUGUAUACUUUCUUAGAUCACUCAGGAGUAGCCGGUUCCAGAGUAGUCAGAGCAAAGACUAAUGAUUAUCUGCAUUGCAUAUGAGCUUGUAGGAUGGAUGUAUGAACUGCCAGAGUGAAAUGUUCUCACUUUUAACAAAUUUUUGAGAUGUGGACUUUGGAAUUUUAUGAUCCUUACAACAACCUCCCUUUCCUCAUGAAGCUUGUCCCAAGGUUUAAAGUUUGGAAACUUUGUUCAUCUUCCCAAGAUAGCAUAAUCUUGCUCCAAGUCCAAGAACUGUUGCAAAACUUGCAACAUAAUGUUAAGACCUAAAACGAAUAAUUGUUAAAGUUUAUUAGAAUUAGUUAAUUGUUUGUUUUGAUUACUGAAAAUUAGCAAAAAAUUAGUUGUGAUUAGAUUGAUUUGUGUAAUAUCAUCAACUAUAAAAGCUGUAGUUGCAAUUGUUUUGCAUCCAAGAAAAGAUUAAUGAAAUUUAAAAUUUCUUUCUUUACUUCUUCUUUCUCCACAAUUUUUCUGUGAAGUUCUUUAUUCAAAACUUCUUUCUUUUCCAAUGUUUCUCAAAUCAGAAUCUAGUAUCCCGACAAAUGGUAUCAGAGCAGUCAUUUCUUGGAGAUUUUUACUGAUUCUCUGUCUUCAUCUAAACUCUACAUUCUUUCUGCUGCUGCUUUCCUCUCUGCAUUCCCUAUUAUUUUCUAAUUUUUUC